GACACAGAGGACCGGAGAAGAAGACGAGGCUCACUCAGGGCAGAAGCUGAUUAAGCACCCAGCAGACACCGGUGGUGGUCGGUGGUAUCUUACCGAAGAACCGUAAACAAACUACAAACCAUGAAGAACGAAGGUAUAGAGGGCAUGGAGAGGUUCCUGAGCCCGGGUAGUGGCAGAGGCCUGCGGGCGUUGAGGCACUUCACGGAGGGGGAGCUGGUGUUCGCCUGCCCUGCCUACUCAUACGUGUUGACAGUGAAUGAGAGGGGAGCGCAUUGCGAGCACUGCUUCUCCAGGAGAGAAGACCUUUUUAAGUGUGGCAAGUGUAAGCAGGCUUACUACUGCAAUGUUGACUGUCAGAGAGGUGAUUGGCCCAUGCAUAAGCUGGAGUGUGUAGCUAUGAAUGCCUAUGGGGAAAACUGGUGUCCAUCAGAGACUGUCAGACUGGUGGCUCGAAUCAUUGUGAAACAGAGAGUCACAACAGAGCGCACCCCUUCAGAAAGGCUGCUACUGCUCAGAGAGUUUGAAUCCCAUUUAGAUAAGAUGGACAGUGAGAAGGACGAGAUGAACCAGACAGACAUAGCAGCGCUGCACCACUUCUACUCCAGACACAUCAGUGACCUUCCUGACAAACAGGCUCUCACUGAGCUAUUUGCACAGGUUAACUGUAAUGGUUUCACUAUAGAGGAUGAGGAGCUCUCCCAUCUGGGAUCAGCUGUUUUUCCAGAUGUAGCACUGAUGAAUCACAGCUGUAGUCCUAAUGUCAUAGUGACCUAUAAAGGCACAGUGGCUGAGGUCAGAGCUGUCCAAGAGAUAAACCCUGGCGAUGAGAUCUUUAACAGCUACAUAGACCUGCUCUAUCCAACAGAAGACAGGAAAGAGAGGUUGUUAGAUUCCUACUUCUUCACAUGCCAGUGUACUGAGUGCACCACCAGGUCUAAGGACAAAGCAAAAAUGGAGAUCAGGAAGCUAAGUUCUCCACCAGAGCCAGAGGAACGUUACGCCAAGAAUGUCAUCGAGGAGUUCAGGAGAGCCAAACACUACAAGACCCCCAGUGAGCUGCUGGAGAUCUGUGAGCUUAGCCAGGAGAAGAUGGGAGCUAUAUUUGCAGACACCAACGUCUACAUGCUGCACAUGAUGUAUCAGGCCAUGGGUGUCUGUCUCUACAUGCAGGACUGGGACGGAGCUAUGAGCUACGGAGAGAAGAUCAUACAGCCAUACAGUGUUCACUACCCAGCUUACUCUCUGAAUGUGGCGUCUAUGUAUCUGAAACUGGGACGUCUGUAUUUGGGGCUUGAGAAGAAGACACAGGGAGUCAAAGCGCUGAAGAAGGCAGUUGCCAUCAUGGAGGUGGCUCAUGGGAAGGAUCACAAUUAUGUAGCAGAAGUCAAACGAGAAAUCGAGGAGCAGAAGUAAAUGAGGUGCAGCAGGAGGAGCAAAAAGAUUAAAGAAAGAGGCACUGGAUUGAGGAACCUCUUUUAAAGCAACAACAACAUAAAUACACAUCACAACUGCAUGCCAUGCAUCUUAUACCUUUCCGUUUUUCACACCUCUUUGUAGGCAGGUUUUUUUUUUUCAUGUCUAGAGUCGACAUAUGACUGUGAGCUGAGGAUGACCACAUUUUGUACCUGCAGCUCCCUACUUACUUUCAGAUCUGGAGAUAAAAGCAGACGAAUUAGGGUUGGAAUGAAAAAAGUGACUGAAAUACUUUGUGUGAUGAAGCUCAUUGUGUGAUGAAGCUCAUUCAACACCAAUACUGUAAUUAAGAAAUGACAUCAGUGGGGGAAAAAAAUAAAAACUUUAAGAUUG